AUAAAAAGUACACAUACAGUUCAUACAAUAAUCUUAUGAAUGUAAAAGAAGGGGGAACAAUGUCUGCUUCUGGUCCCAUCAGCAACUACUAUGUGGACUCUCUGAUCAGCCAUGAGAGUGAAGACCUCUUGGCUUCUAGGUUCCCCACCACUGGGGCUCACCCAGCCACUGCAAGACCCACAGGAUUAGUCCCGGACUGUGGAGAUUUUCCUUCCUGCAGUUUUGCCCCUAAACCUGCAGUUUUUACCACCUCUUGGGGUCCUGUGCACUCCCAAUCCUCAGUGGUCUACCACCCCUACAGCCACCACCAGGCUCACUUGGGGGCAGAUGCAAGAUAUAUGCGCACUUGGUUGGAGCCCAUCUCAGGGACGGUCUCAUUCCCAGGAUUCCCAGCCAGCAGCAGGCACUAUGGACUCAAGCCUGACACCUUCCCCAGCAGAAGGGAUUGUGGCCCCAGCGAUGGCCGCAGCUACCCGGAUUAUAUGUAUGGAUCUCCUGGGGACCUGAGGGACAGGCCACCCCUGCACACCAUCCCUUCUCCGGAGUCAGAGGCUCUCCUUUCUAGCAAACACAAAGAGGACAAGACGGAAUUGGACCCCAAUAACCCAGUGGCAAACUGGAUCCAUGCACGGUCAACCAGGAAGAAAAGGUGCCCUUAUACAAAAUAUCAGACUCUAGAACUUGAAAAGGAAUUUUUAUUUAACAUGUAUCUAACGAGAGACCGGCGGUAUGAAGUGGCCAGAGUCCUAAAUCUUACCGAACGCCAAGUUAAAAUCUGGUUUCAAAACAGAAGGAUGAAAAUGAAGAAAAUGAACAAAGAAAAAACCGACAAAGAACAGCCCUAGAGAAUAACAGAUAUUAUUAAUAUGAAUAACCUCAAUAUCACAGAUACGUGAAGAAGAAGAAAAAAAACAAACAUUUUUUUGCCUAAAAAAAAAAAAAAAAAAUACGUAAUAAAAAUAAACUUUAUAUGACUAUGAAUGUGGAGAUCGGUGUUUAGAAUAGAUAAACACAGAGGCAUUUUGAAAGCACAUGCUUUUAGAAAAUGCAAAAAUGUUCCCUCUUUUUUUCUUUCAAGAAAGAAAAAAAAAACCGAGAAAGUACUUGAAUAUUUUUUUUAGUAUUUUAUUUUAUAACUUAUACAUAACCAGUGUUAAUUUUUAUUUUAAAAGUUUGUGAGUGCAUAUUUUGUAUAAAUCAAAUCGGAAUAACAGUAUGUUUUGUUAUAGUCUUUGAAGUCCGUUGGAUGUACAUAUUUGUGUAUUCUCUAUUCUUGUCACAAAAGAAGCGUUCUGUAUUGUUCUGUUUUGCUUGUAGAAAAAAAAAAGAUGUGUAA